AUGGCACCACAAGCCCCAAAUGACAGUCCUGAAGAGGAAAUCCAAGAACCGAGUCCAUACACUCAAGCACUCGCCAAGCGGGUGAUCCGCAAAAUCGAUAUGCGGAUCCUAGCCAUCAUGUUCGUAACUUACAACCUGAACUUCAUGGGCAAAGUCAUCCUCUCCUCAGCAGCUGUGUUCGGCCUCAGUGAAGACAAUCACUUGGUUGGGAAACAGUACUCGUGGGUAUCUUCGAUCUUUUAUUUUGGGUAUCUAUUCUUCGAAUACCCGACCACCAUUCUCAUUCAGAAACUCCCGAUCGGGAAAUAUCUUUCGGGUGUCAUUUUGCUAUGGGGCGCAAUCGUGGCAUCGACAGCUGCAUGUACGAGUUUUGGUGGGCUGGCUACUUGUCGGUUUCUGCUGGGUGUUGCGGAAGCCACCAUCUCGCCAGCAUUCGUGUAUGUGACGGCAAUCUGGUAUACUCGUGACGAAAUCCCUGCACGGACUGGAGUAUGGUUUACAGGAAACAGCUGUGGUGGCUUCAUUGCAUCUCUUUUAGCUUACGGCAUUGGUCAAAUUGAGCAUCCCCUCCACCCUUGGCAGUGGAUGUUCAUUAUAUUUGGCGUGAUAACUAGUGUCUGGAGCGUUUUCGUCUUCUUCCUCCUUCCAGAUACCAUCAACGAUGCCAGCUUCCUUACCGAAGAAGAAAAGCAUUUCGGCAAUCUUGCUCUGAAGAGCUUUGGAUUCACAUCACUUGAGUCUACGCUUAUUACACUUCCUGCUUCUGUGGUUGCUAUGUCGACUAUUCUGGGCACCGGGUGGCUUGCGAGUCGAUUCAGGAACAUCACGACGUUCUUGAUUAUAGCUGUCGUCAUCCCACCUGUCGUCGGGAGUGCGAUCAUCAGUUCAGACGAAAGGUGUUCGCUUGUUUGCGUACUACUGCGCACAUACUCUCUUCAUUCUUCAACUAAUAUGGCAAGACUGAUGUGUUCCCAGCUCCAAACUGGUCCUGGAGCAAUUCCUCUCUCCCUUGGUCUCGUCUCCUCGAACUACAAAGGCGUCACGAAGAAAAUGACUGUGACAGCAAUCAUUUUCCUCACUUAUUGCGCCGGAAGUAUCGCCGGCCCACAAACAUUCAAGACUACCGAGAAAGCUGCCGGCUACCCCACAGCAUUCAAAGCAAUUUUGAUCUGCUACGGCCUCGUAAUCUUCGUCUCCCAGGGCUUGCGACUCUAUCUCGCGUUCGUGAACAAGAAGCGAGAUCGUGAAGAAGUCGAAGCUGCUACUUGGGAGACGGAUGUCGCGCCUGGAAAGCGGCAGUUGACCGCGGACGAUUAUGAGGAUGUGACCGAUUUACACACUCCGGGCUUUAGGUAUCGGUUAUAG